GGCGUCGUGCCUUCAACAGUGAAAAGUGCCCAACCGCUUGAAGAUGGUCCGCGUAUGGGCGAUCUGCAUGGCUGCACUUGCGCUGACAUUCGAAAGGGUUUCUGCUACUACCUCAUCGGCGCAACAACAAGUGGGAAGUAAUUCGAGUAGAAAUGGAGUUGACGACGGAAUGGGAGGUUUCGAUUACCAGAAAUUGCUGGCCAAGCUGGAGAUUCUCGAUACCAAAUUGACUCGAGCGGAAGCAACGGCCAGAGAACAAUUUUCUACCCUGGAUGGCAAGUUGGACAAAUUGCUGCAACAGGUGGAUCUGAUCAAUCGUUCGGUACGAUUCGUGCAACGGGAUGUGGCUGGAGUUUCCGAUCAGAUUCAGCUGUUCCAAAAUCGGACAAACGAGCAGCUAGUGUCUUUGACUAGUAGCGUCACAAUCGUCCAAUCGCUGCUGGCCGUUGAAGUUGAAGGUCGUCGUCAGCGUACAAAACAGCAAAAACAACAACUUCUAACGGACGAAGUGAAAGGGGAAGGACGCGAGGGCACUGUUGUUGAUAAUUACUCGAAUGCGAUUUCGAAGAUUUACGACGGUUGUGAUGCGGCGCCUCGGAAUUUAUCGCAGAUUACACGCUUACAGCCGGAGCCCGGAUUUGGAGAUGUCUUUUCGGUGCUUUGCGACCAAGAGUACGAUACCGGUGGGUGGAUAGUCAUCCAAAACCGUUUCAACGGCGCAGUCGAUUUCUACCGGGGCUGGAAGGAAUACAAAAACGGUUUCGGCAAUCUGAAUGGCGAGUUUUGGUUGGGAUUGGACAAAUUGCAUACCCUAACGUAUUCAGCACCCUACGAAAUCCACGUUCUGCUGGAGGAUUUUGAAAAUACCACUGCGAUUGCCAAAUACUCUCGGUUUGCUAUUGGUAAUGAGCACGAAUCGUACGCACUGACAAAGUUGGGCAAUUAUUCAGGUAACGCAGGUGAUGGGCUGGGAUAUCAUCGGGGAACAAAGUUUUCAACGAUGGACGCCAACUACGAUGAACCCGGAAGUAACGGAGCCGUCGAGUGGACCGGAGCCUGGUGGUACCGAGUUGGACAUCAUAGCAACCUCAAUGGACAGUAUUUGCGUGGAAAAGUUGAUGGAUCCCGUUACCAUGGGAAAGGAAUGACUUGGAACCCAUUCCGAGGAGACGAUUACUCGCUAAAACGCUCGCGUAUUUUGAUAAGAAAGAUAGUUAAUUGAAAUCGAGACUGCCAUUAUUUGUCAGAUAAAAAAAAUGGAAA